AUGCACCUCCCUUCCCUCCUCCCCCUGAUCCUCCCCUUUUUCCCCUUCCUCCCUCUGACAACCUCCCAAUCCCCCUUCGCCCCCAUGCUCCGCUUCCAAUGCUCCCAACUCGUCAUCGACCGCCUCGACCCCCUCGUCUCCCCAGCCUCCAUCCCCUCCCCCCACCUCCACCAAAUCGUCGGCGGCAACUCCUUCAAGCCACACAUGCCCCAUCCCGCCCACGACCUCCCCUCCCUCUCCACCUGCACAUCCUGCACCUUCUCCGAAGACUUCAGCAACUACUGGACCGCGGUCCUCUACUUCCGCGCCCGUAACGGCUCCCUCCACCGCGUCCCCCAAUUCGUCUCCGACGGCCUCAAAGGCGAAGGCGGCAUCACAGUCUACUACAUCCCCGUCGUCAGCAACAACUCCACCAACAUAACCACCCCCAUCCCCCCCGUCACCGCCUUCCGCCCCGGCUUCCGCAUGCUCGUCGGCGACGCCGCAUCCGCCUCCCCCCUCCCCAACCACAAAGUCUGCCACCGCUGUAUGCCGCGCUCCGGCGACGCCGCGCACAUUAAUUGCGCCGAUCCCGAUCAACAGUAUUUCCCGCCGCAUAUGUGUGAGGGUGGGAUUCGCACCGUCGUUACGUUUCCCACGUGCUGGGAUGGCGUCAAUCUCGAUAGCCCGGAUCAUAUGGCGCAUUUGGCGUAUGCGGUUGGGGCGGGGGCGAAUGAUGCGGGGCCGACGGGGAGGUGUCCGGAUAGUCAUCCGGUGGUUGUGCCGCAGGUCAUGUAUGAGGUUAUGUGGGAUACGCGUGUGUUUAACGAUGUUGAUCUUUGGCCUGAGGAUGGGUCACAGCCUUUUGUGUAUAGUACUGGGGAUCGCACCGGCUUCUCCCAACACGGCGACUACAUCUUCGGCUGGAAAGGCGACUCCCUCCAACGCGCCAUGGACGCCCGCUGCACAGGCGACACCUGCUCCGUCCUCGAGAUGCAGAGUACCGAGGAGGCGCUCAAAUGUAGGGUGCCGCGGGUUGUGGAUGAGGAGGUGGAUGGGUGUAAGUGGAUUUUUUCUGAUAUUUUGUUAGGUUGCUGUUGUUGUUCUUCCCCUCCCUGGGAAACAGAUAAGAACCGGGGACGUGCAGUUUCAAAGCAAAAGCUAAUUCCCGUCCGUGUAUAG